AUGGAAGAUUCUUCCAAACUCAAGCUCGCAGGUGGUGUGGCCUUGGGAGCCACUGCUGUGCUGCUGGCUUCCUCGGCACUGAAGAAGUCGUUGAAAGACUCAGCGCGACGAGAUGCGUCUUGUUCUUUUGAGUACCACCUGGCGGUGCACUGUGCAGAGGUUUCCCAGGGAUGGCGCUUGGUGAAGCUGCACAAGGCAGCCAGCCUGGACGAGCACACACAAGCUGUAUGUGCGGCGUUGGGAAUGGAGAACUUGCAGGACUUCAAUUUCUAUCCUGUGGAGAGGCGCAGCAGGGAUGGUCCCUGUGUCAAGAUUGGAGCUCAGAUCGAAGACACGGGUGCCUUUGAUUUGCUGCUGCUGGCUUUGACACCUGAUCAGUUGCAGGUCAUUGAGCUGGUGUGCGCGCGGGAGAUGCCUCGACCUGCAGAUGUGCCACGGGGCCCUGCAGCAUUUCCCAUUUGUGGCGUUCAGCUGCCCUUCAUCGGUACGACGUAUAAGCUCCUUCAAGGACCAUAUCCCAUUCCACAGUACAACUUUGCUCACAACGUCUUCCCCCCCGUUGGGAAGUAUCCUUACGGCGCUACGGUGCGAUCGCAUUCAGGGCGAAGACAAAGUAUUGGUGAUUUCGCCCCUGGUACAGUAUUCCAUGAGGAUGCUGAGUGCACGGUGACGAUGACUGCAGAUCCCAACAUUGUACAGGAGCUGAUUGCAAGGACAUCAGAUUUUCCCAAAUUGUGGAACAGAGGUCUACAAAUCCCAUUGCAGGAAUUCACAGCCAAUGGACUCUUCACCUCCAGUGAGACCUCUGAUGAUUGGAAGACGGGACAUGCUUUGCUUCCACGAGGUUUCAAUCAAAUCAAGAUCAAGAGCUUCGCCCCGCAGAUCUUGGCCAAGACGCGAGCCUUUGUUCGCGAAUGGUCGAAUUUCAAAGCUGGGCACAAGGUGGAACAUGUGAACGAUUGGCUCACUGCCAUGACCGCAGAUGCGGUGGUUUCCUGCAGUAUGGGCAUGGACAUGCGCAAUGUAGAACGCCUGGGCGCCAAUGAGGAGCCCCACAAAUUUGUGGAGACCUUCAGAAAUGGGCUGGGGAUGUCCACCGGAGCCAUCAGCGUGAAAUCAGAGUACGGCCUGAAACGCUUUCUGCCCUUUUACGAUGCGAACGGCAAAUUUGCAAAGAAAUUUGAAGAGACAAAGAAAGAGAUGCAGAAGCAGGUGGAAGACUUGGUCGAAGCAACUCGACAAGGAGAAAUUGGCAAUCAAGACUCCAUCAUUCGAAGUAUGCUGGAAGAUCGAGAUUCUGAGGGAAAGCAUGUUCGCUACGGGGCGUUAUAUGGGCAUGUCGUGAACCUCAUGAUCGCAGGACAUGAAACAACAGCUGCCACCUUGGGAUUUACCUUGCAGCUUUUGGCAGAGAACCCAGUCUACGAAGCACGUGCCCUGGAAGAAGUGAGGCAAGUCCUGAAUGGUCGCACAGAGCCAUCCGUGGAUGACGUUCCCAAACUUCAAUUUGUGGAGCAAUGUUUCCGUGAAGCUUUGCGACUCUACAGCCCGGUGACUGGCAUCAGCCGCGACGCGGCCUAUGACACGCUGCUGGGAGGUCACCGUGUCUAUCAGGGCGAGAGGAUCAACGUCGUCACACGGGCAUUGCACACAAACCCCGAGUACUGGGGCGGUGAAUUUGGUGAUCCGCUGAGCUUCAACCCAGACCGGUUCUCACCAGAGGCUGUUCAGAACCGACAUCCAAAUGCCUACCAUCCAUGGGGCUUUUCCACGCGUGCCUGCAUCGGCAGCCAGUUUGCCCUCUUUGAAGCCAAGACUUUCUUGGCUUCGAUGCUGAUCCACUUCCGAUUGCAAGGAAUUCCUGGAUACAAGUUGAUCGCUUCCACUGAAGCAGGUGGUGCUGCCCCAUCACCUCAGAACUUGGCUUUCCAGGUCUUCCCGCGACCUGGUGGGCCUUUGUGGUCCGACAAGGGCCUGAUGCAGCCGUUGCCAGCGAUGUCUAUGCCUGAGCCACCAAAAGCAGUGGAACAAGCGCCAAAAUCAGAGAUGAACGGCUCGGUGCAACCUGCAACUGGGCCCGUCAUGAAGGUCCUGUAUGGCUCAAACUCCGGUUCCAGUCAGGAUUUCGCUAGUCGGGUGGAAGCAGCUGCAGCUCGCAGUGGCUUUCAGACAUCACUUCACUCAUUGAACGCUGCGGUGGCUGAAAAUAUCUUGGUGCCAGAUGGCCGUUUGGUGAUUAUUGUCACCUCAACGUACAAUGGCCUGCCACCUGACAAUGCAGGCAAAUUCAAGAAAUGGCUCCAGACGCAAAAACCCAACUCUUUGGAUGGCUUGAGCUACGCCGUCUUUGGUGUGGGAAAUUCCCAGUGGCAUACGUAUCAGCAGUUCCCUCGUGAAGUAGACGCUGGGUUGAACUGCUCCGGUGCAAAGCGCCUAUGCGAUUUGGGCUCCUGUGACGUUGAUGGGGCAUCUUUCACUUCGGACUUUGAGGAUUGGUUGUCCAAUUUGCUGCAAACCAUCGGUGCAGGAUCUUCAACCGAAAGCCUCGACGAAGGAAUCCCUGGCAGCGAGGAGUUCUCCUUGCUGACGGCCCCAGCGGAUGGCAUCAAGGUCUUGAAAGAGCCGGCAGUUGUACUCCAGGCUAUCUGGGAAGGCAAACAAGUAGCAGCCAAGAUCAUUGGAAUGACUGAGGUGGUGGAGACACACUUGAAGGCCUUGGAAGUCGUGGAGCCGCCACGAGAGCUGUGCCAGAAGCCCGAUGGCCGAAGCGUGCGUCAUGUGACGCUCAGAUUGCCCAAAGGCGUCAACUACCGGGCAGGCGAUCACUUGGAAAUGUUGCCUCCGAAUGACCCUGCCCUCGUCACCAUGGCCAUGGAGGCCUUGAACUUGGACAAGGAAGGUGUGGUUUGUUGGGACCCAACCAAGCGCCAAAAGAAAUGGCGCAACCUUGGCCAGAUGGACGAACAGAUCUGGAACAAUCUGCCAGCUAUGCACAUCACGGCCCAGUUGCUGAUGCAGUUUUUCCCGGACCUGGCCAGCUCUCCGGACCGAAAAGUCUUAGCCUGGCUGGCCGACAAGGCCAUCUCUGUGGAGGCCAAGGAGGAACUUCGCAGCAUGGCCAAGGAUGCAGAGAAGUACAAGGCCAAAGUGUCUUCACUGAAUGUAUCUCUGGCAGAGAUUCUGCACAAGUUCAAGGGCUUCGCAGAUGUCCAGCUGGGCGAAUUCGUGGCUAUCGCCAAGCCGAUGGCCAUGCGCCGCUACAGCGUCUCAUCGUCCCCCCUGGCUCCGGGAGCGGAUCCCAAUGUGGUCACUGCCACAGUGGGACAAGUGAAGUUCACCACGGGCACUGGAAGGGUCCACUACGGUUUGGCCUCAACCAUGCUUGGUCAACUACCAGUUGGGGGCUGUGUCCCUGGCAUGGUGCGAACUUUGCAGUCCGACUUCCACCUGCCGGAUGACAAAUCAGCUCCAAUCAUCAUGAUCGGCCCCGGCACUGGCUUGGCGCCCAUGAUGGGCUUCUUGCAGGAGCGUGAAGCCCUGUUGAAGAAGAAAGAAAAGCUGGGUGAGGCAAUCCUCUUCUUUGGUUGCCGGGCUCGUGAUCAAGACUACCUCUACGAGAACGAAUUGCAGGCUCACUUGAAGUCUGGUGCACUGUCUACUUUGCAUGUCGCCUUCAGCCGCGAAGCUGGUCAGAAGGUGUAUGUGCAAGACAAAAUCUGGGAGCAAAGAGCAGAUGUGUGGCGUGUUUUGUCAGACCCCAAGAGUGUGGUCUUCAUCUGCGGCGAUGCUCGUGCCAUGGCGCCUGAUGUAAAGCGCAGUUUCCAGCGGGUCAUCGAGAACUGCGGGGGGCGAAGCAACUCCAUGGCAGCCAAUCUGCUGGCCAGUAUGGUAGAGGCUGGACGAUACCUGGAAGACGUGUGGGCAUAG